AUGGACAGUGAGGCUGAACAGCGUCCAGUGAAAAGAAGAGCCCGUAUGGCACUCUCUUGUCAAAGAUGCCGUAAACACCGGUCUAAAUGCUCACGGUCAAGACCAACGUGCGAACAAUGUACGACAGCAGGAGUCGAAUGUACAUACUUGGAAAUCCCAGGAGAUUUAGAAAGCACGGCUUUACGUGAUCGUUUUGCAGGCCUAGAAGAUCAGAUUCAUUCGUUGCUAGACGAGUUUGGAAAUAUUGAAGAUAUGGUUAAGACAACCUCCAGUUCGACAGCAGCAGUGACCAACCAAUCCACCAUUCAGACAGAUGCCUUACAAGGCUGGAAUAUUCAUCGUACUACUCCCGGGACAGCCGGUCUGUCCAUUGACACACACAUGUAUCAUGUUACUGAUAUCUAUUCCACCUUGAUUCAAUUCGCUCGAGAAAAUACCAAUGCACUUACUUUAUACCCUCAACCUGACCAGCAUAAAAAACCAAUUUGGUUGGUUCGUAACCACUCCAUUUUUCCAAACGUCAGACUUUCUCAUUUUACCAGUCUCAGGCCUAAUGUCAAUGACGGUGAGGACACGGAGGACGAUGCUAUUCAAAUGAGAGCCAUGGCAGAACAAGAAAAGGAAGGAGAGAAUGAUGACCAAGAUGAAAAUACCAUGCCAGAAUUAUUACCAACACAAUUGGUUCAACGUUUAUUGUCCCUGUACAAGAAUUGUUUGUUAUAUGGUGCAGUGCAGCCCUUUGACAUUUUGUUUACAGAUGUCUUGAUGGAUCCUACCGGACUUUCUUAUUCCUUUCAAUUAUUGUAUGCCUCUAUUGUAUGUCACAUGUUACCGCACGCUUUUUACUGGCAUCCAGAGAUAUUUGACAACGGGAUGGACGAAGAAACCUGUACGAAAUUAUCUAUUCAGUAUUAUAAAUGGGCCAAACGGUUGCUAUCGUCAAUUUAUUUUGAUGCACCUAGCCUAACAACGUGUCAUGCAAUAUGUAAUUUAGUAUUAUAUCAUAUCGAGAAUGGUAAUACAUCAGUGAUAUAUAUUUAUUCCGGUAUGGCAGUGCGUAUGGCGUUAUCAUUAAAGUUAUACCGAGAAGAUGCAUUGGAUGGUAUUUCCCAAGACCAAGCCGAGAUGUUUCCGGAAGCAUACAAGCCAUCGGUGAUGAUUGUGAAACAAUACGCUCGGUCCUUACUUUGGUUCAUGUAUUUUUUAGACACAGCAGCGUCGCACUACCAUAACAAACCGUAUGAGAUUCAUUUGGAUGAUCAUGUCAGUACGACGACGUAUUUUAAAAAUCCACCUCUAUCGUCUGCGGGUGUGGAUGAACAUCAAGCAUUUUUUCAGUUUAUUGAAUUUCAUACGUGUCAAAUUACGCGUGAUAUACGUCGUACGAUCUUUACACAUCCGGAAGAAGAACAAACGUCGUAUGAAGCGAUUGAACGUAUUGAGAAACGAUUAAUGGAAUUUCAAAAGCAGUUACCUCCGCUGGAUCUGAGUAGUACACAACACAUGAAUAUCUGGCAUCGACGAUGUUUGUUCAAGCAAUGGAUUCGACAUCAUGGACAUUGGAUAUUAAUACAUCAAAGCUAUUUACCAACGCCCAUGUCAGUGCAGCGAUGUACGACUGCGGCGUUUUCUUUGGUCGAAUUGUUUGAUCAUUGGAUUGUGGCGAUUGAUUGUUAUUUUCGUCCUUGCGUUCAUGAAUUGAAACAAGCGUGUGAAAUUCUAUUGUACCAUGUGGAUUUAAAUACGCCUAUUAAAUUCAAGGCUUUACAGGGUCUGGUGCGAUUAAUCACGGUCUUGUUAAAGACGCCUGUUGGUGAAAUUGCGCGCACCCGGCCAUUUGUACAACGUGUAUUGAAAGCCAUUGGAGAAAAUAAAAGUUUUUAA